GAAAAGAAAGAAAACUAUGUCACCAGUUGGAUUACCACCAGGUUUCAGGUUUCAUCCAACUGAUGAAGAACUUGUCAAUUAUUAUCUAAAGAGAAAAAUCAGUGGUCAAGAAAUUGAACUUGAUAUCAUUCCUGAAGUUGAUCUUUAUAAAUGUGAACCUUGGGAAUUAGCAGAGAAAUCAUUUUUGCCAAGUAGAGAUCCAGAGUGGUAUUUUUUUGGACCAAGGGACAGAAAAUACCCUAAUGGAUUCAGAACAAAUAGAGCAACAAGAGCAGGUUACUGGAAAUCAACUGGAAAAGACAGAAGAGUUUCAUGCCAAAAUAGACCUAUUGGUAUGAAGAAGACUUUGGUUUACUAUAGAGGUAGAGCUCCUCAAGGAAUUAGAACUGAUUGGGUUAUGCAUGAGUAUCGUCUCGACGAUAAAGAGUGCGAGGACAACUCUGGAUUACAGGAUACUUAUGCAUUGUGUCGUGUGUUCAAGAAAAAUGGAAUUUGUUCUGAUAUGGAAGAGCAACAAGCACAAGCGCAAUGUAACAUGUCGCUAAUAGAAUGCUCCCAAACCAUAAUCAAUGAGUGCGAAACAAUGUCUCCUGACAUACUUGGUGCAUCAUCUUCAUGCUUAGAAGAGGAAGACAAAGAUGAUUCGUGGAUGCAGUUCAUUACAGAAGAUGCAUGGUAUUCUUCUAAUGCAGGAAUGGUUGGUGGUGAAGAAGUUUCACAUGUUACAUUUACAAACUAAUAUUUUCAAGACUCAAGAUUGGUGGUGAAUGAAUAACUUGAAAGCUGAAUAUAUAAUUAAAUAUAUACACAUUUUAUCUCAUAUAUAAUAAAAUACUUAUAUACCUUACCAUAACUGUUAAUUAGUAAGAGAUUUAAUUUGUUUUUUCUGAUUAUUAUACUUAUAAUUGGUGGUGAUGGUUUGGUUUGGUUUGUUUGGUGGACUUGUUUAGGGUCAUAUUAUAAGACAUUGGUUUUUAUAUAUUCAUUUUUGUACUAAACCUCUAUCUUUGAGGUAUAUUGGUGUUACUUGUGGAAUAAUGAUAAAUCACACAAGUGCUUUUCUCAUUGUAAUAUUUCUCUUUGAGAAAGGAAUU